AUGGAUCACUCGCACUCGACAGCCUUUGCUGCCCAUUACCACCAGCCAACUUCUUUCGACCUUGAAAAAGUUGACUAUGGCUUUGAUUCUAUGCUUGGCCACGAUACAUGCCUGACCCAUGGGCUCGAUUCCCUUGGAACCUGCAACAAUACCGAGAACGCUUGUCUCGAUCAACGCUGUUUUGACCACUAUGGCAAAACUUCCGCCGCUAAAAACGUUCUCGAGAUUGGCCUCGAUCUAAAAGCCGGCACCGAUAAAGCUUCCCACAGAAAUGAACAGCCAAAUAUCGCUCGCCCUUCUAGGACAAAGACUCGCUCGCAGUCAAACAUCUCUGCCUCUCCUGUAAAGAUGUCUGCUGCCGCAACUAGAGCUUCGGCGCAUAGGCAAAAGCGGCGGAGACAGUCUGAGCAAUUACAACAUCACCAGCACCACCAGAAUCAACACCAACACCAACACCAACACCAGGUGGAUUAUCACCAGCCAUCCAAUAUUCACCUGCACUCACCCCAUUUCCUCCAUGGCCAAAACUUACAACAUAUCGAACCCACAACGGCCCUCCAGACUGUUAACGAGAAUUUGCACCACAACUUCCACAUGCCAUUCUUGAAUGGUCACCACCCAUCGUUUGGCGAUCUUCAACAUCACGGCGGUGUGUUCGCACCGUCAAGUCCCUAUAACCGAUGGCCACAAGCUGUUGCUCCUUCUUGGGCCAACAUGAUGAGCCAGGCCACCAUUGCUAAUUGUAUGCCGAUGUCAUGGCCGGCGCAUAAUGGCUGUAAUGAAGCUACAUCCGCUGAUUGCACUUCUGCAUGUGGUGAUAACAAGUGCUGGAGCCAAUGUGGCGACGGAGAUGAUGCAGACUGCUGCUUCGAUACCUCCUGCGCCGAGCUCGACUUCUCUCAUGCCGCAUGCUGCUUUGAACCAACAUGCGCUGAUCUCGAGCCAUGCCUGGAUGCUUCGUGCCAGGAGGCUGCGAUUCCUUGCAAUGAUUCGCAUUGCGUUGGGACCACAGUUUCCACUACUCCAGCUUCUGUGUCUGUCACGACACCUUCAGCCGAGCCAGAGCCCAUGGUCAGCGCCAUCCUCAGCCCAGACGAGCCAAAUCGGGACGUUUCUUUUGAUAUUGGUUCGGCGAUCGGGCAAAACUUUGGGUUUGCCCACGAUCUCGGCCAUAGUUUCACUGAUGAUUUGAACCAUCAUGAUGGAAACCUCAACAGCAGCCACAGCGGCCCGGCCUUGAACCAAAAUGCAGCUUUUUCUAUGUCUUCCCACUCCCCCACACCAAAGACCGAAUUGGCCGACAACCAGUCCAUGAGUGGAGAGACUGACUUCACCUGCAAGUGGCUCUGCGAAGAUGGUAUUCUCUGCUCCAAAACAUUUGGGGGCAACAAGGAACUUCAGGAUCACUGCAAAAGCGAGCAUGUAAAGAACUUGAAGAAGGGCGAAUAUGGUUUCUGCUGUACGUGGUACGGUUGUAUAAGGCCCGGCCCAUUCUCGCAAAAGAGCAAACUGGAGCGACAUAUGCAGACUCACACCGGGUACAAGCCAGUAAAGUGCGAUAUCUGUGGCAUAAUGCUUUCCGCAAAACAAUCGCUCGAGCAGCACAUGCGUACUCAUUCAGGCGAGAAACCAUGGAAGUGUGAACACGAGGGCUGCGGAGCGCGCUUCAAGCAGCAGAGUGCCCUCACCAUGCAUAUGCGCACGCACACUGGAGAGAAGCCGUUGAUGUGCGAAAUUUGUGGGAAGCGCUUUGGUGAAUCCUCCAAUCUUUCCAAACAUCGCCGCACGCAUAAUGUCCGUGGUAGCCAUGUAUGCGAGCAUUGCGGGAAGGAUUUCCAUCGCUUGGACCAACUUCGUCGGCAUUUGCAAACACAUCUUCCAGAUGGUAGUCGCAAGAGCAGCAAAAGCUCCUGA